GCGGCUCCCCCUCCUUCUCCUCCUUUUCUUUUUUUUUUUUUAAAUGAAAAGCCAACCUGUUGAGUGUCAGAGGGACGUGUUGAAGGCUGGGUGUGGGCAGGCUCACUGGAGAGAGGACGCUGCUCCAGAGAGUCACGCAUUGAUAUCCGCUCGCCUUCUGCUGCUGAAUUGACCGAGUUUCAGGAUCUAAACAGAAUCAGGCCUGAAGAUGUCAAAGAUCCUCACUUUGGUGUUUAUGACCUUUUUGUCCCUGGUGUCUGUCAAUGCAGAGGCCACGAACGACAACGGCGAAGACGCGUUUACAUUUGACUACCACAGGCUGCGGGUUGGAGGCCUCAUCUUGGCUGCUGUCCUCUGUCUCAUUGGCAUCACUAUUCUGCUCAGUGGCCACUGCAGGUGCAAGUUCAACCAGAACAAGAGAAGGAGGACAGGAAGCAACGCUCAGCAGAUGCUCAACGACCAAGGUCGUGCCUGCGACUGCUAGACAGAAACCUAAACACACCAACUUCUCAAACGUCCGGCCAACAGAAGCCACAGAGCAGCAGCAGCGGGAUUUAUAAGACCAAGCACAGGCUUUUGCUGUUAUUUAGAGAAGUCCACAGAGAGCAGUCGGCAUGCACCGGAUAUUAGGUGUGAGGCCUUUUGCCUGACAACUGAACUACUGACCUGCAGCCUGUUACACUCAGACAUAUUGUGCAUAAAACUGUCGCUUUCAUUUCACUCAGCUGAACUCUUGUGUAUUUGAGAACCUGCUGGGCUGGGAUUGACUGAGAGACCCCAAAGGUUUGUGUAAUCUUCCAAAAAGAGAGCAAACAUUUCACAAUGCGGCUUGUGUCGGCUGACUUGGCUGACUGAAAUGAAAGUGGCAUGGGAUUAUAAUGCAAACAUACCACCAAAAAUGAUCGUAAAGCUCCACAUAUACUGCAGGCUGUGUCUGUCGUCACUUCUGUCAUGUAUUCUGUAUGUGUGAGGUGAACACUGAUGUAGAUAUUAGUCACCAACCUAACCUGCAGUCUGUGUUUUGUGUCGAAUCCGUGAAGUGAGUGAUGUUCCUUCCCCAAGUUUCAGUUCAUGGAGGAGAGUAGUGGAUUGUACUGUUUAACGAAUCCUGUUUCUAUAAAAUAACAGUUAAAACACA